CAAACGCAAGUCCCUCUGCUUUAUAAACCAACGAUACCCAAGUCUUUUAGAGAAACAUCACAAUCCCAAACACAAACACAAACACACAUUGCAGAAUAGCUUAAAAGGAAAAGAGUAAUUGAUGGGUCGCAACAGCAUAGACAUGGAUAAAGAAAGACUAACGGCGGAGAUGGAUUUCAAAGAUUCAACCUCCGCCGUUAUCAAAAUCCGGCGACGUUUACCGGAUUUUCUACAAACGGUGAAACUCAAGUACGUAAAGUUAGGUUAUGGCUAUUCAUGCAAUGCCACAACCAUUCUCAUUUUCACAUUCGUCGUCCCUCUCUUACUCUUCCUCACCGUUCAGUUCCAACUCACCGAUCUAAAACUCCACCGUCUCUCACAACUCUUACUCGAACACACCGUCCAACUUGACACCGAUACAGCCAUCGGUUCAAUCUUUCUACUCUUCCUUUUUGGUCUGUACUACGCUAAACGAUCCCCACCAAUUUACCUGGUGGACUUUGCUUGCUACAAACCUGAGAAUGAGCGGAAAAUUGCAGUUGAAUCUUUCGUUAAAAUGUUAGAAGAUAGUGGCGAAUUCGGAGAAGAAACACUUCAAUUUCAACGCCGCAUUUUGUCAAGAGCAGGUCUUGGUGAUGAAACUUCCUUGCCAAACGGAAUAAUGUCAAGUCCACCAAAUCUAUGCAUGAAAGAAGCGCGUUUAGAAGCCGAAUCUGUAAUGUUUGGAUCAUUAGACGCACUUUUUGCUAAAACAGGUGUUAAUCCAAGAGACAUUGACAUUCUUGUUGUAAAUUGUAGUUUGUUUAACCCAACUCCUUCACUUUCUGCAAUGAUUGUGAACCAUUACAAGCUUAGAACAAACAUUAAAAGCUAUAAUCUCGGAGGUAUGGGUUGUAGUGCUGGUCUUAUUUCAAUUGAUCUUGCUAAAGAUCUUUUGAAAGCAAAUCCAAAUUCCUACGCUGUCGUCUUGAGCACCGAGAAUUUAACCCUCAAUUGGUACUUUGGAAAUGAUCGUUCAAUGCUUCUUUCUAAUUGCAUUUUCCGAAUGGGUGGCGCCGCCAUACUUCUUUCCAAUAAGUCCUCUGAUCGAACCCGUUCCAAAUACAAGCUUGUUCAUACAGUUCGAACCCAUAAAGGAGCUGAUGACAAGAACUAUAACUGUGUUUACCAGAAAGAAGAUGAGACAGGGAAAGUUGGUGUUUCAUUGGCUAGAGAAUUAAUGGCUGUUGCAGGAGAUGCUUUGAAAACAAACAUAACAACGUUGGGUCCAUUGGUUUUGCCAUUUUCUGAACAGUUGAUGUUUUUUGUUUCUUUGGUUAGAAGGAAGUUGCUGAAAGGUUCAGGUGUGAAACCUUAUAUACCAGAUUUCAAAUUAGCUUUUGAACAUUUCUGUAUUCAUGCUGGUGGAAGAGCUGUUCUUGAUGAGUUGCAGAAGAAUCUUCAACUCAGUGAGUGGCAUAUGGAACCGUCUCGGAUGACUCUGCAUAGAUUUGGAAACACUUCAAGCAGUUCUCUAUGGUAUGAACUGGCUUAUACUGAGGCAAAGGGCCGGGUUGCAAAAGGGGAUCGGGUCUGGCAGAUUGCAUUUGGGUCGGGUUUUAAGUGUAACAGCGCCGUGUGGAAGGCCGUGCGUGACUUGCCCGUCGUUGGGGAUUGGCGGGGCAACCCCUGGGAUGACUCUGUUCAUAAGUAUCCCGUUAGUGUCCCUGUUUCUGUUGCUUCUUAAAAAUUUCUAAAACGCUAUUUUCUUGUUGUUAUUAAUUCAAUGUAACGAGAAAAAAAAGGUGUAUUAUUUUAUUAGCACUUGUGACUUGUGAGUUAGUACAUCAUUAAUUAAAUGUGA